GCCCGCCGCCGUCGUCGUUUGUUGCGCGUGCGAGGUGUCUUGAAAUGUCGGGGCCGUGCGGGAACGGCUCCGCAUCCUUUGCGUAUCUCGUCGUGUCCAACUUCACGCUGCUUUCACCCGCCGUCGCUAUUUCCGUUGAUUUGUUGGUACACGGAAGGAAGCAGACCUGCCAACAUACAAGGCAAGGCAACAACGUGAUGCUGCAGCCAGCCGCGCUUUUCGCUCCUUCUCCGCUGAACUGCCCUCGAGUUCACCAAUGUUGCCAGACAUCUAGGCGUCCAAACAUGCAUCGACGAUGUCGAGAAGUGCUCACUGAAAUGCACCGCAUGAGAAUAUAUGACACGUGCAUCAUUUGGCUGCGCCUAAAUUCAUGCAUCGCGCGUUAGCAAAGCCAUGAACAAACGAUCUGGCCGCAGCAUUGAGGCCCGAGCUGACCGUGC